AUGACAGCUCAAAUCAUUCCUGAGGUGAAGAUGAUGAAUGACUUCGACCAUUGUGAUCCACGCCGAUGUUCUGGGAAGAAAUUCGCCUGCCUCGGCGUGGUCGUAUCUCCAAAAGGGACCCUCGUCAUGAGUCCAGCAGACAAAGAGAUCGUUGUGCGAGAUGGUAUUGCCGUUGUUGAAUGUUCCUGGGCCCGCAUAGACGACGUCCCAUUCUCCAAAAUUGCCAGCCCACACGAACGACUUCUUCCCUACUUGUUUGCUACCAAUUCCACCAAUUACGCCAAGCCUUGGCGGCUGAACUGCGUCGAGGCACUUUCUGCAACUUUCUACAUUACAGGGUUCGAUCAGCAUGCGGAGACCUUGCUCAGUUCGUUUGGGUGGGGCGAUUCCUUCCGGAAAGUCUUAUGGAUUUUCUACUACCCGGCAAUCUUUUGUCAUCACGCUUACGUCCUAUACCGUAAUUUUUCGUCCUGGGGCGAAAAAUGCCGCCCAGGCUGCGCGCUGAGCGGAUCGGGUGCUUAG